AAUCAAACUCUAUGGGGAAUAUUUAUUUCUGAGCAAUGCCUCAGUCCCUAUCAUCCGUAAAAUCCUACCAGAGGUGAUUUUACUUGCUCAGCUGAUCUACAAGGGUGAAAAAUUAUGGAGAUUUCAAAAUCAUAUAUAAUCAACUUUAAGGGCUAUAAUUUCUCAUCUCAUGUUGAUAUGGACCUAUUAGAAAAUAUAGAAAACUUUGAAACUAGAGAUGAUGAUGUUUUCAUAAUCACAUAUCCCAAAUCAGGUACAGUCUGGGCUCAGCAACUACUAAGCUUGAUUUAUUUUGAGGAACAUCGUAAUGGAACAGAAAAUUUGGAAACAAUAUACAGAGUCCCUUUCUUUGAAUACUCUAGAUAUCAAAUCGACAUUGAAAACAGACCAUCUCCACGCCUCUUCGCUUCCCAUAUUCCAUAUUAUUUGGCACCCAAGAAUCUGAAGAACAAAAAAACUAAAGUUAUUUAUAUCUACAGAAAUCCUAAGGAUGUAUUGGUAUCAUAUUUUUAUUUUUCAAAUUGGGUAAAAGUACAUGAACCUACAGACACCAUAGAACAUUAUAUGGAAAAGUUUCUAGAUGGAAAAGUGGUGGGAAGCCUCUGGUUUGAUCACAUCAGAGGCUGGUAUGAACACAAACAUGAUUUCAAUAUUCUGUUCAUGAUGUAUGAAGAUAUGAAGAAGGAUCUCAGAAGCUCAGUGCUUAAAAUGUGCUCAUUUCUUCAGAAAGAACUGAGUGAAGAAGAUAUGGAUGCUGUUGUGAAUCAGGCUACAUUUGAGAACAUGAAGUCUCUUCCACAAGCAAACUAUACUAAUAUUAUAAAAAGUCAGGUUGGGAUGAGACACCAGGAUGGACAUUUCAUGCGCAAAGGUACAAUUGGAGAUUGGAAACAUCAUUUGACUGUGGAGCAGAGUGAAAGAUUUGACAGGAUAUUCCAGAGAAAGAUGAAAGGUGUUCCCUUGGAAUUCAUCUGGGAUUAAAUGAAUAGAACUGUAAUCACAUUGAAAAUUAGUCUAACUUGUCACUUUCAUUCAAUUAUUAAUUAUGCCAAUGUAUUAAUAAAUAUAAUGAAUAAAAAAUUCUUAGUAGUAGUAGUUGUCAUGAGUUCCACGGGAAAAUAAUUGAAAAAAAAGUUAACUCAUAUUCAACUACUCAAACUGAGAAUUUAAACUCAGGAUAAAUCAGUCAUGAAAAUUUUUUAAAUUAAAUAUUAAAUUAAUUUCAGAGAUAGCAUUAUCGCUCUGCAUAAUAAUCGAUAAAGCAAAAAGC